AUGGUUCUUCUUAUUAAAUUGCUUCUACUGUCGAGUCUGUGGCCAGGAGCUGUCCUCAAUGGCUUCCAUCCGCAAAGACAGAAUGAGCAUCACCAUCAUCAUCACCAACACCACCCCAAGGAAGCGGAGAUUCACCCAGUGCCCAUGAGAGACAGCCGGAAGAACACCAGUAAAAUGAAGAAAAUUGACAACACUAAAGUUCGCCAGGUCAAAUCGGAACAGCUUUUACGCAUAGACGACCAUGACUUUGCCAUGAGACCUGGAUUUGGAGGUUCUGCAAUUCCUGUUGGCAUCGAUGUACAGAUAGAAAGUAUAGACAGCAUCUCAGAAGUCGAUAUGGAUUUUACAAUGACCUUAUACCUCAGACAUUACUGGAGAGAUGAGAGGCUCUCAUUCCAAAGUACCAACAACAGAAGCAUGACGUUCGAUGGGAGGUUAAUAAAAAAGAUUUGGGUGCCGGAUGUGUUUUUUGUCCAUUCCAAAAGGUCAUUUAUACAUGAUACAACAAUGGAAAACAUCAUGCUCCGUGUAUAUCCAGAUGGGAACGUCUUAUUCAGCCUCAGGAUAACAGUGUCAGCUAUGUGCUUCAUGGAUUUCAGCAGGUUUCCUCUGGACACCCAGAACUGCUCUCUCGAGCUGGAAAGUUAUGCCUACAAUGAGGAUGACCUCAUGCUGUACUGGAAGCGCGGGAACGAGUCUCUGAAAACCGAUGAACACAUCGCACUGUCCCAGUUUUUCAUUGAAGAGUUCAGUGCAUCUAGUGGACUGGCUCUGUACAGCAGCACAGGAUGGUACAACAGACUCUUCAUCAACUUCAUCCUUAGACGGCACAUUUUCUUUUUUGUGCUUCAGUCCUACUUCCCAGCAAUGCUCAUGGUGAUGUUGUCAUGGGUGUCUUUCUGGAUAGACAGGAGAGCAGUACCUGCCAGAGUAUCACUAGGCAUCACCACAGUACUGACCAUGUCCACAAUCAUCACAGGAGUGAGUGCCUCAAUGCCUCAGGUGUCUUACAUUAAAGCCGUAGAUGUCUACCUGUGGAUCAGUUUUCUCUUUGUGUUCCUCUCUGUUAUUGAGUAUGCAGCUGUCAAUUAUCUGACCACAGUGGAGGAAAGGAAGCAGCUGAAGAGGAGAGGAAAGUCUUCAGCAACACUGAACCUGGAGGCAGUGCAGGCCAUGGCGUUUGAUGGCUGUUACCAUGACAGCGAUGUCGAUCUGAACUAUUCCGUACAUUCCGAGGAGACCUCAUCUCGUGGGCGGGCUGCCAGCGUCGCCACCCUAGACGCAGCACGUGUCAAACGCAAGAAAUCCAUAAAAGGGAACGUUGGCAGAAUAAUCCUGGCGAACAACCAUGCCAUUGACACUUACUCUAGGAUUUUCUUCCCCAUUGUCUAUAUUGUAUUUAAUUUUUUUUACUGGGGCAUGUACUUAUGAGAAUAAAAGAUGUGGAGUUGUAUAAA